CGUACACCGUAGAUAACCCGGAAAUAACAUAAAUGACCCCAUCCCAUGCCCCAAUCCUAAAUCGUCUCUUGUCAGAUUUGUGUCCUUUUUUUCCAUUUUAUCGUCGGAAAGUGAAAUCUAUUCAUCAGAUAUAGAAGAAAUAACUACCCACCAUGUUCCUCACCCUGAUGCUUCUGAGGAACAGCAUCCCUGGGAAGCAGUGGAUUGGAAAGCAUCGUCGUCCACGGGCGGUAACGUGGCAGAUGACACGCAACACGGUGAAGCACCUGGAGCGUGAGAGGGAGAACGAGUACUGGAUCAGCCGGCCGUACAUGACCCCGGAGCAGGAGUACUGCCACGCCGUGGAGCGCAGAGCCCAGAACUGGAUCAAGAUCAAAGAGGCCAAGUUCUGCAAUUUCCCCAAACACAAGCGCAUCACGGAUCAUCUGAGUCACCUCAAUAUCACCAAGACGUGGUCAAGUUAAGGCGAUGGGAGAAGGGACUGUCUUCACAAUGUGACAUAUCGUGUGUUUGUGCAAGAAAGCUUGGUUUAAUGGAAUCAAGAUUUUGCAUGUCAGUUGAAAAGACACCAUGAAAAGUCAUUAAUCAAGACUCCAUCCGCCUCCGUGAAACAAAUGUGUAAUCUUUUUAUGUUUUUGCAUCAGUCUGAAUCUACCCUGCAACAGGACUGUAAUAGCUCCACACUCAGUGAUGCUCAUUGGAUAAAAACUGCUUAACAUUAACACACCUGAUCUGUGGGUCCUUCUUUCGGCUCUCGUUAAAUAAAUGGGCUUUCAAGUCUCCAUAAUUAUA